GCAACCUUAGUCACUUCCUCAUUUACUACCGUGUUCUCGGUGUCCGAGAAAGAACUGUCUGAGUAGAUAUUGAAUGUUGCAAUACACCCAAAGAGGCGCAGGUCUGCAGUGAAAUGGAGAAGUUUUUCUGGCUGUUUCUGGUGGUUAAUGUUAAUCUUGCGUCAUCAGCCUCACACUCUCUGCAGUACCAUUAUACUGCAAUCACACCAGGACUUCAUUUCCCAGAGUUCAUUUCAGUGGGUCUGGUGGAUGGAGAGCAGUUUGUUUACUAUGACAGUAACAUCAGGAAGAAGAUCCCAAAGACUGAGUGGAUUGAGAAGAAUGAGGGUGAAGAUUACUGGAACACAGAGACAGAGACCAGUCAGGAUCAUCAGGAGGCCUUCAGACAUGAUGUGGCUAAUCUAAUGAAGCGCUUCAACCAGACUGGAGGUGUUCACACACUGCAGCAGAUAUACGGCUGUGAGCUGGAUGAUGAUGGUACUAUUAGGGGAUUCUGGCUGUACGGCUAUGAUGGAGAAGACUUCAUCAGCUUUGAUCUGAACACUGAAACCUGGACUGCAGCUCAUCCUAAAGCUGUUAUUACCAAAAGGAGGUGGGAGAGUCAAUACGAGGCAGCUUUUGUUAAGGCCUACCUGGAGAAUGAGUGCCUCUAUUGGUUAGAGAAGUAUGUGGGCUACUGCAGAUCCAGUCUGGAGAGGAAAGUCUCUCCUGAGGUGUCUCUGUUCCAGAAGGACUCUUCUUCUCCAGUGGUGUGUCAUGCUACAGGUUUCUUCCCCAAAGCAGUGAUGAUCUCCUGGCAGAAGAAUGGAGAGGAUCUGCAUGAGGACGUGGAGCUCAGAGAGACGCUACCCAACCAGGAUGGAACCUUCCAGAAGAGGAGCGUUCUGACUGUCUCACCUGAGGAGCUGAACAAACACAACUACACCUGUGUUGUUCAGCAUGGUGGACUGGAGAAGGAGGUACAGGUGCUGCGGGCAUCGGGUCACACAGGGGGAGGAUCUGAGGACACCAGUACUGGAAUUCAUGUGUUCAGUGUUGGAAUUGCAGUCGGGCUCGUUCUUGUUCUUCUCCUUGUCAUCUUAAUUACUGGAGAGAUUGUGUUGAAGAGGAGGAGAAGACCUGCCUCUAGUGGAGCCCCAUCAUCCAACACUGAAAAAUAUUGUUUCCAAGAGACUCCCAGCCAAGAUGCUGAGGCUGAUCCCUGAACAUGUCCUCCUUAGUGAAGACGACUCAACAGCUCCUCUACUUCCUCAGGAGACUGAAGAGGAGCAGCCUGUAAACACUUGUCCUCA